GUACUCGAGCUAACAUCGUACCGAUCGUGUGUCUUUUGACGACUACUCCUUUUAUUUUAAAUAAAUUUAUAAAAAUCUAUCAUUUUACCUAAAAAUAAAUAAAAAUGAUAAGGAUUAGAGGUUUACGUGAAAAAGUGGUUAUUUGAGUAUCAGUAUCAGUAUAUGAAGACUAAUAAAAAUUUUAAAAUACAAAUCAAUUGGAUAUAAAGCAAAUGUUUAAAUAAUUAAUCCCAAGAAUUUAAAAAAAAUUAUUAUUACUGAAGUAAUUCGAAAAAUUUAAAAACAGCUCUCACAGGCUAUAUACUUAUACAUAUAAACAUACAUAUUCUUAUAUUAUUUAUAAACUCACACCGUAUUCUUCCAUUGGUACGUUCGUUAUCGCGCCAAGUAGUCGGCACACUUGGGAGUCGACUUUCUCCUCGUGUCGUCGUCGCGACAAGCUGGAUAGGAUAACUUCCAACCAAUUUGUUCGUUUUUUUUUUAUUGACCAGUUCAAUGGUCAAUGUACAUACCAUUGUUUUUAAAAUUUUAAAAUUCAACCUGAGUGGAUAAAUUUGAACUGAAUUAAAUGACAAAUAUUUAAAUAUCUUGAGUUGCAACGAAGAAGAAAUAAAGUAACCAACGACAUCAAUGAGAAAAAACGGAUGAGGUAACUGUACUUGCAACGUGUGAAUACCCAAACAUAUAUACAAAUAUAUAAACCGGAGGAAGAAAUAUAUAAUUUAUAAAAUAUAUAUAUUGAUAACAAACAACCAUGAGGAUUAAUCGAGGAAUUUGUGGCAAACUCCAGGGCGGAUUUCUCAGACGAUGGUGGACCGCAGUUGCAGCAGGCGUAUUGCUGAUAAUAUUUGCAGCUGUUUUGGCAGCACUAUUUCCGAAUAUUAUGGAAAUAUUGAUAAAUCGAGAAGUAUCUAUACGAGAAGGUGGUCGUGCGUAUGGAUGGUGGAAAGAACCUCCAGUGGUACCUCAUAUGAAUAUUUAUAUUUACAACGUCACAAAUGCUGAUGAAUUUCUUAACAAUGGGGACAAACCGAUUCUUCAAGAGCUUGGUCCAUAUGUAUAUGUACAAAAAUGGGAUAAAACUAACAUUAAAUUCAACGACAACGGUACUGUCAGUUACAAUGUCAGAAAACGUUUUGUAUUUUCAGAGGAAUUAUCAAGCGGUACGGAGGAUGAUUUGGUGGUCGUACCAAACGUCCCAAUGCUAUCAGCAACCAGUCAGUCACGUCACGCAGCUCGUUUUCUACGGCUUGCCAUGGCCUCAAUAAUGGACAUCCUCAAGAUAAAACCAUUUGUCGAGGUCUCGGUCGGUCAAUUACUCUGGGGUUAUGAGGAUCCAUUACUAAAACUCGCCAAGGACGUGGUACCAAAGGAACAAAAGUUACCGUACGAUCAGUUUGGAUUAUUGUAUGGAAAAAAUGGCACUCAUCCAGAUCAGUACACAAUUUUCACGGGUGCCUCGGACAUCACCAAGUACGGCAUGAUGGACCGAUGGAAUGGUAAAGAUGGUUUCAAACACUGGACCACCGAUGAAUGUGACAAUGUAUUGGGCGGGGAUGGCAGUAUUUUCCCACCACACAUCAACAAGAACACAAAGCUCAAGGUCUUUGACAAAGAUCUUUGUAGGACUCUUCCUCUUGUCUUCAAGGAGGAAGUAAUGGCUGAAGGUGACGUUCCCGGAUUUAGAUUUGUGCCGCCAAAAGAUGUGUUUGCAGCAGCUGAUCGCAUCACAUCCCAGCAGUGUUACUGUCCAGCUGGACCACCUUGCGCACCAGAGGGUACUUUUAAUGUAUCACGUUGUCAAUAUGAUUCACCAGUUUUGCUCAGUUUCCCUCACUUUUAUUUAGCCGAUCCCACACUACGGGAAGCCGUAAUUGGAAUAUCACCACCGGAUGAGGAAAAACAUCAAUUCUUCAUUGACGUUCAACCGUUGAUGGGAACGACACUGAGAGCUCGUGCUAGAAUUCAAAUAAAUCUUGCUGUUAGUCAAGUCCGUGAUAUAAAACAAGUUGCAUCUUUUCCAGAUAUUAUCUUCCCAAUAAUGUGGUUUGAAGACGGUGUAGACGGGUUACCGAGUCAUGUAACGUCACUGUUGAAGAUGGCUGUCGAAGUGCCUCCGAUAGCACGUGCAGCUCUUUCGGGUGCUAUUGCUGCAGUGGGUGCCAUUGUUCUUCUCGGUGCGCUAUUGUGUCUUGCCAGAGCGGCAAAACAUCAAGAGAAGCUUCAUCUGAGCACUCCUCUACCUCCAGGUGCAUCUAAACAAGGAAAUAUUAAUCCCGGUUUUCAAGGUUCCAUGAAGUAAAGUGUGAAUCAGAUAUAACAUGACUCAAGUUAACGGGGGUUAUCAGAUAUUUUCGGCUGAGUUUUUUUCGGAAACAAAAUCUCUAAAUACAAAACACAGAUCGCACAUUGAUGCACUACUGUCUAAUCUAGCGAAGUGCGCUUAAAUUGUUUGACAAUAUUCGUUUGUUUAAGAGAAAAACUCGGCCAAAGUUUCCAUUUACUGCACAAGUGCAACAAAGAUAGUUCCGUUCGUGGACUUGAGUGUAAUAGAUAGAGAAGUACGAACCCCUGUUAAGAGAUAAUGUCAAUUUUUUAAAAAAAUUUUAUUAUUCUAGACUAUUAUUUUUUCUUUUUUUUAAAUUUAAAUUUUUAAUUUUUAAUUUAAUUAAUUGUGUGUUGGACAAUUGAACAAUAACUAGAUUUAUCAUAGUAUAUUUUAAAACUGUAAUAUGCCGUCGAAAAUUGUCAUGUUCUAUGACUAUCACGCAAUUGUUGCGAAAAUAACGAUUGUAUAAUUAUCGUGGGAAAGCUAAAGGUUACAGAAUAGAGUCUUAUGUCUAUGUCUUGUAUUUUAUUCAGAGGGAAGGUGAAAGCAAGAGAAAGGGACUGAUGCUCAAUGGUUUUUUGUGAUUAAUUAUUAAUCCACAAAAAAUAUACAAUAAACUAAAUUAUAAAUAACUAUUUUUAUCUCUAUUUCUUGCGAUUUUCACCUUCUGAAUACAAAAGCUCUCUUUCUCUCAAACCAAGGCGGGUUUUUUUAAAAAUUAUUACAAUUAUUUUAAAUUGAAGAUUCAUGUAAUCUCACUCGUUAUUUGCUACGACCAAUCGCUCAUUUUUUUAUUAGUGGGUCGAGGCCGAGAGAUAACCGGAUCUUUGUAGAAAAUAAAUUUUGACAAUUUAAUAUUUUUAUCUGUAUAUUAUGACGUUUUGAUUAUUCAUGUCUCGUUCGCGAGAAUCCGACCAAUAUGCGAACAUAAAUUUUCUUUUUUUUUAUAUAUAUAGAUGUGUAUUUUUUGUGAUAUGAAUUAUAAAUCGAAUUUUAAUUGGUCGACCACACAAAAUAAUUUAAUUUAAAAUUUUUAAGUGUUGAAAAAAACUGUAAUCUGAUUUUUUUUAAAAAAUCUGUUUCAAAAAAAAAUUAUGAUCGUUACUAUUUUAAUAUCACAGUGCAUGGAAAAUAUUAUAGUUAGUAUUAUUUAAGUUGAUAAUAUAAGUGAAGAGACAAUAAUUUAAAAUUUUAAAUUUAUUGUCACUGCGAAAAAAAAAAUUUGAAAAUUUCUUUCUAAUUGCAUUCCGUCCAAUUAAUUAUGUAUUUAUAUUAUAAUGUUUAAUUAUAUUUAAUGUUUAAUUAUGUUUAAUUAUUAAUUAUUAUUCGUUGUAUAUGUUAUAAAUAUUAGGAAAAAAAAUACUAGAUUAUUUGUUAGGUGAAAAUAAUUUUGUACAAAUAAAUCAAAAGAUACCAAAAUCAAAUGUCAUAUAUAAUUAAUCAAAUUUCCUACAUAGUACUGCUUAAUAUUCAUGUAAAAUGUAAUAAUUAAUAGACUGAUUUUCAUACUACGACUACUUAUUUUUAUCAACUUUUCAAUGGCAAUAGGUCAACACGUGAGAGGAAGUUUAUCUAUUCAUCCAAAGAUUAAAUUACAGAAAUAUUUUUAACGGAAAAUACUAGAAAUGCUGAGGCUGAGAACAUAAUUUUUAAAAAGUUAUUGCCUGAUAAAAAAAAUUAAUUGAUUAAAAUUUUGAGAAACUGGUUCUCGAGAUAAGGAAUAUAAAUUACAACUAAUUUAUGUUUUUAUUAUUUACAUUAGCGGAAAGUCAUGUCCAGUGAGGGUUAUCAGACAUCAAUGAGAGCUCAUGUAUGAUAAAUUAUUGACAUAAAUGCCUAUGAUUAAAAAUAAAAAAAAUCAGUGAUCAUAAUUUUCAUUAAUACAUAGUGUGGCAUUUGAAUAUAAUCGUUAAUUACAUAACAAUAAUCGACACAUAUAAAAAUAUAUAUAUUAAAAACUUUAUUAAAUUUCACAAUAUUUCAUAAAACUAAUUUAUUAUAGUUCUAUUUAAGCAACACAUCUAUUUAUAACAACAACAACAAAAAUACUCAUUAAAGAUAUAAACUAUAUAACUAAAUAAUCAAUGAAUAUAUUAUCGGAAACAUAAAUUAAAUAAUAGACAACGAAAUGGUAUACUAAUAUUAACAGUCUUAUUACUGAUUAUUUAUUUAUAUUUAUAUAUUCCCAUACUAAACUAAACAAAUAAAUUUAUAAUCUAGAUAAUAAAUUCUAAGAGGAAUUUUAUAUAUGAUAAUUCUUAAUAAAUCUAUUGAUGGAAAACGAGGCUACCCCUCAGAAAUGACAUCUCGGACAAAAAUAUCUCCAUGAGCAAGACAUGGAUGUAAUUAAUAUUUAUAUGAAGAUAUUUUUGCUUAUUUAUUUUUAAUAAGAUCCAAAGAGGGGCCACCGGAAAUAAAACGAUACUUCACAAAAAAAAAAGAAUUUUUUAUUGUAAAAUAUUUU